AUGUUUUCAGUCAUAUCUAACGUGUCCAAAUUCUUAUGCUUGGUUUUGUUUAUUCGUAAGGCAGGUAGGUACACAAGUUCAUCUUUACUGACCGAGCGUUUCUCUUCGUGGGAAAAACAGCUUCGCGCUGGGCUGUUGGGUCAUAUUACUAAAUUGGUUAAAGUAUCUGUGCUGUUCACAUAAUUUUUUUGUUUUGUUUGUAGAAUUAGCACCAACAUUUACGGUAACUCCUCCAAAUCCGUUCUAUGUUUUGGAAGGCGACAAUAUCACCUUCGUGUGGCAGUACAACUUUGAUGGAACAUUUGACAGAGUUAUCUUUCGGUUCGCCAGCAGCACUCCCUCCCGCAACAUUGUAGUCAAACAUGACCUAAACCUCAACGCAUCGGUUCCAAAGAGUUUUUAUAAGGGUCGCGUUCGAGAAAACAUCAAUGCUACACGAGCAGAAAUUACGAUCUUUGCAUUGCAGAGAUCUGAGUUUGGGAAAUACGAAAUCGAAGUGAUCGACAGUAAUUUCGACCCUGCUAUUGACGGAAUGACUGUUCAAGUACAGUGUAAGUAA